AAAAGGUCACAUCUUUAUCUCUCUCCUAAUCCUUUUCAUCCUCCGUUUCUUUCUCUCUCCCAAAAUCCUCACACCAUACUUUUUCUUUCCUAGGGUUUUUUUUCUUCGACCUUCAACCAUCCAUCAAUGGCGGAAGUUAUGAACAUGCCUGUCGAAUCCCUCGACAAUCGCCGCGGUAACAAAGAAAAACCCUCCGAAGAACAACAAUCUCCGAACGACAAAGAUUCUCCUCCUCCUCUUCCACCGCGCCGCCGUGAACGCGAUUCUCGCGAGCGAAGAGAUGACAGAGAUUUUGAUCAUCGCCCUCCUCCGCGAUAUUACGAUCGGAAUAAUCGAGGGGGGGAUAGAGAUUACAAUAAUAACAAUAAGCGUAAUCGAGGUGGAUUUAUCGACAAUUCUUCUCCUCCUCAUCAUCGUGGUGGUGAUCAUCACCGCCGUAAUAAUUUCUCUCCGCCUCCUAGAAGAUCUUCUCCUCCUUAUCAUCCUCCGUUUAAGCGAUCUAGGCGAGAUGGUGGCGGUUAUGAUGGGCGACGGGGUAGUCCUCGUGGUGGCGGUUAUGGCGGCGGUGAUCGUAGGUUUGGCUAUGAUUAUCCUGGUGGAUAUGAUCGUGAAAUGGGGAGUAGGGCAGGUUAUACUGAUGAUAGGCCACAUGGUCGAUUUCGUGCUGGUGGCUUUCCUAGUGGCCCAUCUGAUUGGGAGGCUGGACGUGGCUUUGCUAAUUCUUCAAACGCAGGGAAUGCUCAGAGAGAAGGUUUGAUGACCUACAAGCAAUUUAUUCAGGAGCUUGAAGAUGAUGUUUUACCAAGUGAAGCUGAGCACAGGUAUCAGGAGUACAAGUCAGAGUACAUCUCAACUCAAAAGCGCACGUACUUUGAGGCUCACAAAGACGAAGAAUGGUUGAGGAACAAAUACCACCCUACGAGUCUGCUGCCUGUAAUAGAAAGGAGGAAUGAACUUGCACGAAAAGUUGCCAAAGACUUCUUGUUGGAUUUGCAUAGUGGGAGCCUUAAUAUGGGUCCUGGUGCAAAUGCAUUGUCCAUGAACAAGUCUGGCCAGACAAGUGAACCAAACUCUGAAGAUGAGGCAGAUGUUGGUGGUAAAAGAAGGCGUCAUGGUCGACUUCAGGCAAAGGAAUCUGAUUUUUCGGCUGCCCCCAAGGCUCACCCUGUUAGUUCUGAACCAAAACGAAUUCAAAUUGACAUUGAACUAGCUCAAGCUCUUGUCACAAAACUUGACUCUGAAAAGGGAAUUGAGGACAAUAUCUUAUCUAAAGAUGACACCGACAAGAUGAAUAGAGAGAGAUCACAUAGUGGAUCAAUUGGUCCAGUUAUUAUCAUUCGAGGAUUAACUUCUGUCAAGGGCCUUGAGGGUGUUGAGCUUCUGGAUACUCUUGUGACUUACCUUUGGCGUGUCCAUGGUGUGGACUACUAUGGUAUGAUUGAAACCGCAGAGCCUAAGGGCCUACGGCAUGUCAGAGCUGAGGGAAAGAAUUCUGAUGCCUCUAGUAAUGCAGUAGAAUGGGAAAAGAAGCUUGAUUCUUAUUGGCAGGACAGAUUGCAGACUCAGGACCCACUUGAGGUCAUGACUGCAAAGGAAAAGAUAGAUGCUGCUGCUGCUGAAGCUUUGGAUCCCUUUGUCCGAAAAAUUCGGGAUGAAAAGUAUGGGUGGAAGUAUGGUUGUGGAGCCAAGGGUUGCACAAAGCUGUUCCAUGCUGCUGAAUAUGUCCACAAGCAUUUGAAACUUAAACAUCCAGAGCUCUUGAUGGAACUUACAUCUAAAGUGCGAGAAGAUAUCUACUUCCAGAAUUAUAUGAAUGACCCAGAUGCCCCUGGUGGUCAACCCGUUAUGCAGCAAUUUGUUCCGAAGGAGAAAUUGCAGAGACGUAGACCAGGUGCUGACAGCCGCUUGAAAGAUGAACGAGGAAACCGCAGAGAACGAGACCGGAAUGAUGGUGAAAGAUUUGAACGACAAGAUAAUCCGCAAGCUGAUUUCCCACGCAGUAAUGAUGGUGAAGACAAGGGCAACCCUGAAGAACCAAUUUUUGAUAAUUUUGGUGGACAGGGCAUGCAUGUUGCCCCUUUUGCUCCGGAUAUUGCACCGCCGCCUGUAUUGAUGCCUGUUCCCGGUGCUGGUCCUCUGGGACCAUUUGUGCCAGCCCCUCCUGAGGUUGCAAUGCAGAUGAUGCGUGAGCAGGGCGGACCCACUCCAUUUGAAGGACCAGGGAGAAAUGUGAGAGCUGCGCCUCCAAUUAUUUUACCUCCUUCUUUCCGGCAGGAUCCUAGACGUCUACGAAGCUACCAAGAUUUGGAUGCGCCUGAAGAUGAGGUCACUGUUAUUGACUAUCGGAGUUUAUGAGAUUGAUGAUUUCCGGUUGAAGAGAUGUGCCCUAUUGACCAGCGUAAUCGUAAUGACAUUUUUUGAUCGUACUUGGAAAUAAGCUGUUAACAUUAUUAUAAAUUGGUUUUAGUUCUGAUAGAUUAACACUAGAAUUUUGUGCUGUAUUCGUAUUCAUCUCUUUACCUUUCGGAAUUCUCCACUAAUUAAAUGGUCCGACAUUUACGUAAAUGUGACGACAGAACAGUGUAAAGAAUGUACAAUGUGCUUGAUUUUCUCUAUUUUUUAUCAAAUUUAAGAGAUAACCUAUUCUUCUGCUUUU